AUGGAGGAGGGGGGUGGAGGAAAGCGCAAGGGGAAAAGCAAGAAGUGGAAGGAAAUCCUGAAGUUUCCUCACAUCAGCCAGUGUGAAGACCUCCGAAGGACCAUAGACAGAGAUUACUGCAGUUUAUGUGACAAGCAGCCAAUUGGGAGGCUGCUUUUCCGGCAGUUCUGCGAAACCAGGCCCGGGCUGGAGUGUUACAUUCAGUUCCUGGACUCAGUGGCAGAAUAUGAAGUUACUCCAGAUGAAAAACUGGGGGAGAAAGGGAAGGAAAUUAUGACCAAGUACCUCACCCCAAAGUCCCCAGUCUUCAUAGCCCAAGUUGGCCAGGACCUGGUCUCCCAGACGGAGGAGAGGCUCCUACAGAGGCCCUGCAAGGAAGUCUUUUCUGCCUGUGCACAGUCUGUCCACGACUACCUGAAGGGCGAACCAUUCCAUGAGUAUCUGGACAGCAUGUAUUUUGAUCGCUUUCUCCAGUGGAAGUGGUUGGAAAGGCAACCGGUGACCAAGAACACUUUCCGGCAGUACAGAGUGCUGGGAAAAGGGGGCUUUGGGGAGGUCUGUGCCUGCCAGGUCCGGGCCACGGGUAAAAUGUAUGCCUGCAAGCGCUUGGAGAAGAAGAGGAUCAAAAAGAGGAAAGGGGAGUCCAUGGCACUCAACGAGAAGCAGAUCCUGGAGAAGGUCAACAGCCAGUUUGUGGUCAACCUGGCCUAUGCCUACGAGACCAAGGACGCGCUGUGCUUGGUUCUGACCAUCAUGAACGGGGGUGACCUGAAGUUCCACAUCUACAACAUGGGCAACCCUGGCUUCGAGGAGGAGCGAGCCUUGUUUUAUGCGGCAGAAAUCCUCUGUGGCUUGGAAGACCUCCACCGGGAGGACACCGUGUACAGAGAUUUGAAACCCGAAAAUAUCCUGCUAGAUGAUUAUGGCCACAUUCGGAUUUCAGACCUGGGUCUGGCUGUGAAGAUUCCCGAUGGAGACCUGAUCCGCGGCCGGGUGGGCACCGUGGGCUACAUGGCCCCAGAGGUCCUGAACAACCAGAGAUACGGCCUGAGCCCUGACUACUGGGGUCUGGGCUGCCUCAUCUAUGAGAUGAUCGAGGGCCAGUCGCCAUUCCGGGGCCGCAAAGAGAAGGUGAAGCGGGAGGAAGUGGACCGCCGCGUCCUGGAGACGGAGGAGGUGUACUCUUCAAAGUUCUCUGAGGAGGCCAAGUCCAUCUGCAAAAUGCUGCUCACCAAAGAUGCAAAACAGAGACUGGGCUGCCAGGAGGAGGGGGCUGCUGAGGUCAAGAGACACCCCUUCUUCAGGAACAUGAACUUCAAGCGCUUAGAAGCCGGGAUGUUGGACCCUCCCUUCAUUCCAGAUCCCCGUGCCGUGUAUUGCAAGGACGUGCUGGACAUCGAGCAGUUCUCCACCGUGAAGGGCGUCAACCUGGACCACACAGACGACGAUUUCUACUCCAAGUUCUCCACGGGUUCCGUGCCCAUCCCGUGGCAGAGUGAGAUGAUAGAAACCGAGUGCUUUAAGGAGCUGAACGUGUUUGGACCUAACGGUACCCUCUCGCCGGACCUGAAUAGGAGUCACCCUCCAGAACCGCCAAAGAAAGGGCUGCUCCAGAGGAUCUUCAAGCGUCAGCAUCAAAACAAUUCCAAGAGUUCACCCAACCCCAAGACCAGUUUUAACCACCACAUGAAUUCAAACCAUGUCAGUUCAAACUCCACGGGAAGCAGCUAG